AUGAAAAAUCAAUAAGGAUAUCUAUCAAAUUUAGAUAUAAAUCGGAAUCAUAAAACAAGUAGUAGAUGUUAUAAAAUGGUUAAUGAGAAGCGUAAUUCAUUGUUAAUAUCUCUGGUUUAACCUAAGAGGAAUGGAAAUACAUCGUUUGUUCAUGAAUUAUAAGAAAUGCCAACGAAAUAAAGAAGAAAGAGUUAUUAAGAGGGUAUUUAAGGGUAGAAAAUGAAUCGAUUGAAUUGUCUAUAUCCUCAAUCCAUUUGUAUGUAACAUGCAAUGUAGAAACCAAAAAUAGACAAUAAGGCUACACUGAGAAAGGCUGUAAAGAGAGCUUCAAUCAUGAUGUCAACAGUAAAAUAUUGGAAGGAUCAUUCUCAAAAGAAAAUUGAGAUUCCAGUAAUGAUUAAAUCCAUUAAUACCAGAGAUAGUUGUUUAUGUGAUAGGAAUGCCUUAACAACUAGGAGUAUGAAAAGAAGCGAGUUACCUCCAGUACUUCUUAGUUAAUUCAGAAUAAGAAAUAAUGAGGGUUUAAUUAAGUACAGUAGAGAUAGAACUGCAGACAAGACUAAAUCAGUUAGUCAUCAUCACUUUUCUAGUCUCCAAACUCCAGCAAUACAAGCUUUUACUUCAAGAUAUAGCAUUCAGCAUGCGAAUAUCAGAAUUAAAUAGUGA